AUGCGGUACCUCACGAUCGUCUCGGCGAUAGUGCUGCUCGCGUCUAUGCUCUCAGGCCAGAACUCGACUUUCCCGAUGCCCACCCAAGGCAUCUACGUGUUCGGUAUCAACUCGCCCGUCAUCCAGCUCUCGCCGACCGCUAUUGGGCCCUCGAACCAGACAUGGAACAUGACGUACUCGAACGUUUCGUCCUCCUCCUUCGUACCCGGCAUGCUCGGUCUCGGACAGGCAAGCUACGCCACGUCCCUGUCGGGUGCGUCUCUCACCUUCCAGUUUGUCGGCACUGGCGUUUCGCUGCUCGGAUCGGCGGGGUUCUUUGACGUCCUCGACUGGCGCGUUGACGGCAUUUCGGUCAACCCGGACGGGAGCACGACCGACAACCAGAACGUAGGCUACGGGUGGGAGUCGGAAGUGGCGUGGGCCCGCGACCUCAAGUGGGGGCUGCACACGGCGACGCUGGUCUUAAAUGCUAUUUACGAAGGGGUCGUGCUGCGUGAAAUCAUGAUUCUGACCGGAAUCCAAGGCGCUGUGCUCACCGACUCACCUACCGAUCCGGUACGCAAGAUCACGUACAGUGUCGACGGCACGAAUCCGAACAAGGAUCUGAACCUGACGGGAAAUUGGGCGGUCUACACUCCCAACGAGGGCGACACGCUGUCCAAGUUCGCCUACCCUCCCUCGGGGUACACCGUCAUCCGUACGAACGCCACCACCACCACCUCAUCGCUCAGGUUUGCCUUGCCCAGCGGCAUAUCAUAUGUCGAGCUCUGGGGGUCCACCGGCUGGGGCUUUGCAAACUACACGGUGAUCCUCACGCCUCCUCCACCGUUUAACCCCCCCGUGGGCCCGUACCAGGGGAACACCGCAUACUAUGUCCCGGCGUACAUCCUCUCAUGGGCCGUCCUUGAUCCGAAUGUGAACUACGUUCUGGAAUACAAGGCUUAUGGAGGUUUGGCUGAGGUAUGGAGUGUGCAGUACUUCUUUUCCAAUACCACGACGCCAAAGGCCGUCGUCGAGACUGGCAAGAAGGGAAGCAGUAUCCCAGUCGGAGCGAUCGCCGGCGGCAUUGCGGCCGCACUCCUCGUAGGUCUAGCACUCUCGGCCCUCGUCGCGAUGGCGCUCUUCCGCGCCUACAAGAAGAGGCAUAGGCCAGCACAGCUAGUCUUCGAAGCCGACCAGGGACGCGAGACCACCCCGCAGCCGUUCUACUCUCCAAGCUCACAGGGGCCGGCACACUUCGGGUACGGUGACGGCUUGCUGGGUCUCAAUCCCGCCCCCGGCGCGUCCAGUCCCCCGCCCAUGAGCCCCACGUCGCAGCCCACGGAAACAAGCAGCAGCGGUAAUGCCUCACGCUCGAGUCGCCACACCAGACCCUCGAUGCACGCCGUCAACGACCCGUUCGCACCGGCGACCUUCAAGACCCCGCGCGCGUCCCUCAGCUCAGAGCAACCGCACGCUCGCGUCUCUGCCCCCGCUCCCCUCCCCGUCACGGUCCAGGAGCGCGAUUCCGGCGCCCAGGUCAUCCAUAUCGUCGAGUAUGUGCCACCCGCGUACGACUCCAAUCUGCAGGCCGCCGACAGCGUCGGCGCCACCCCCUCGCACGCAGGGGUCGCCGAUGAUCCUGCCAAGCCCCGUGGUGUGCGCCCCCUCCCCACCACGCCCCACUAG